AUGUGGAUUUUUCUGUGGAUAGGACUAGUAUUGGGAGUAUAUUGUGUAUUUCAUAAGAUCUACGUGCAGAGGAAAAGGUGCACAAGCACAGUGACGCUCCAUGGAAAGACUGCGAUAGUUACAGGCAGUAACACGGGCAUUGGCAGGGCUACGGCUCUGGCUCUGGCUCUGAGGGGAGCGACGGUGAUUCUCGCCUGCAGGAGUAAACAGAGAGGUGAGGAGGCAGCGCGGAUCAUCCGCACAGAGAGUGGGAACGAUAAGGUGGUAUUCAUGCAUUUGGACCUGGCCAGCCUAAGAUCAGUCCGUGCAUUUGCUGAGACCUUUCUUAAAACUGAGACCAGACUGGACCUGCUAAUCAACAAUGCAGGUAUCGCUGCUCCAGGGCACACAGAGGAUGGCUUUGGGCUGGUAUUUGGUGUAAACCACAUUGGUCCAUUUCUGCUGACCAAUUUGCUUUUGGGCCGGUUGAAGGAAUGUGCGCCAAGCCGAGUGGUCAACAUUUCUUCCUGUGGUCAUGAUAUAGGAACCAUUGAUUUUAACUGCAUUAACACACAUAAAACACUUGAACUAGGUUCCACUGACAUGCACAUAUUUAGAAAUUACUGCCACAGCAAGCUGUGUAAUGUGCUCUUUACACAUGAACUGACCAAGAGACUGAGGGGAACGAACGUCACCUGCUACAGUCUACACCCAGGGUCAGUGAAAACAGAGCUGGGUCGGAACCUGAAUGGCUGGUACAUGGUUGUUGUGAAGUUCAUCAUGCAGAUGCUCUUCCAGACAGACGUGAUUAGUGGCUCUCAGACCACACUGUACUGCGCCCUCCAGGAGGGCAUCGAGCACCUGAGCGGCCGCUACUUCUCUGACUGUGAGGUGCAGGAUGUGAAGCCUGAGGCCAAAGAUAAUGAAAUUGCCAGGAAACUGUGGGACAUCAGUGAGAAGCUCUGCAAUCUUACCUGAGACAGAGGCUUGUUUACUUAAUGAACAGCGUAAAAUCAUUUUACGCUUUAUUGAAUCGCUAAGGUGGGGUGGUGCUUGGCAGCAAUACAGGUUGUGCUGGGUUAUUCUAAGUAUUUGUUUUCACUGUGCAUGUGCAUGUGCAUGUUGAGGUGAAGAGGUAAAAUUAGAGUAGUCACUGGCCGGAUGCAUAACAUAUCUUUGUUGAUUAUGGUCCUGUAGUUAAAGUCUGAUUAACACUCAUUGGCAGCAGAACUAGUCAUAAUAAAAAAAGCAUGAAAUCUUUUAAACACAGAUCUGGUUGGUUGCCGAUCUUGAAUGUUUGAAGCAAACAUCUGUUGACUUAGAUCUUUUUUUUUGCUAAUGGGAAC